AUUUCUUGAAAAAUCCUUUGCCUUCAAACCCAAUUUUCCAACCCUUAGAACAUGUUUGAUCCUGCCACAAAGCUUCCCAAAUCUGAUUUCAGUCUGUCAAAACACAUGGGGAAGAACUAUGAUUCCAAGGUGCAAAUGACAACUCAAAGUUAUAGGAGUUGGAACACCAUGGGAGCUGAUCAAACUUCCGUGAUGGAAGAAGAUGACUCUGGAGUUUCAACUCCUCCUUUAUGGGGAACUAAUCCUUCAACGAGUGGAAAGAACAUUAAUUACCGAUGUUUAUCGCCUUCAUCCAAAGCUCAAGCCAUCGCUCGAGGCCAAAGGGAGCUUAUGGAAAUGGUUAGCAGAAUGCCCGAGUGUUGUUUCGAACUCACCUUGAAAGAUCUCGUUGAACACCAGGACGCGGCUGUUGAAUCGAAACAGGAGAGUUGUGCUGAAGGGAUAGGUGCGUUCAAUGAAGAUGCAUACAGCAAAGAAAAGGGGAAGAAGAAUCAGAAACCGCAAAUUAAAAGAAGUGGGAGCAUAGAUAAUGAAGGGUUUCUUCUGAAAAUGGUGUUUCCAUUUUCCUUAGGGUCAAAGUCGAAGAACAAGAAGAAUAUGAAGAGAAAUGGUUCAAACGUAAAUUAUAACCCCAGAGUUUCUCUGAAGCCAACAGUAUCAGAUGAAUCUGGUAAGAGCAUAGAUAAAGAGUGGUGGAAAAAGAGAUCGGGGUCGAGCGAGAGUAACAGCGGUGGAUCGAAUAUAAACAGUGGAAGCAGCAAAAGCAGCCGUAGCAGCAGAAGCUGCGGGAGCGGGAGCAAUAGCAGCCGCAGGCCUACGGGGAAGAGUUGCUUUGCUUUCAUCUUCAACAGGUAAAAGGGCAGCCUUGAG